AAAUAAAUUCCUUUCCUUGAGAGUUGUCACUUUCUGGACACGAGUAUCUUGGUUAUUUUAUGUAGCGUUACGAUAAUAUUUAGUAAAAAUGAGUUAUUCAAAAUUUGAUCUAACUUUUAAAAUAGGUCAAUAUUUAGACCGACACUUGGUGUUUCCACUUUUGGAAUUCUUAGCCGCUAAAGAGACAUAUGAUCAGUCGGAACUACUACAAGCAAAGUUGGAGAUACUCAGUAAAACUAACAUGAUUGACUAUGUUAUAGACAUUCGCAAAUCCCUUUACCCCUCGGAAGGUAUUCCAGAGGAGAUAAAGGCCCGCCGAGGUGUCGUUCUCUCUCAGCUACAAGAGCUGCAGGAUGCAGUAGAACCAGUACUCCGUCUCAUGCAGAGAGAUGAUGUUAUGAAAACCGUUGAGACUAUGAGAGAUCCUAAAACUCUUAUUAACUACUUGACAACUAACAGGGAGUUUGAGUUCAAAAUUGAGAUGAUUGAUAGCAUGUAUCAAUUGGCUAAAUAUAGGUAUGAGUGUGGUAAUUAUGAAGAGUCUGCAUCAUACCUCUACUUUUGUCAGCUCGUUAUGUCACCCACUGAUAAGAAUUAUCUUUCGGUACUUUGGGGUAAACUAGCAAGUGAGAUUUUGGUCCAAAACUGGGACGGAGCACUCGACGACCUGACUAAGUUACGCGAGUUUAUCGACAACGGUGGCGGCGGCGCGACCGCCAGCAACAUGCAGGCGCUGCAACAACGCACCUGGCUGGUCCACUGGUCGCUAUUCGUCUUCUUCAACCAUGUGAAGGGCAGAGACCUCAUUAUUGAGAUGUUUUUAUACAAACCAUUGUAUUUAAAUGCUAUUCAAACGAUGUGUCCGCACAUACUGCGUUAUUUGGCCACCGCCGUCAUUAUUAAUAGAUCUCGGCGUAAUGCUUUGAAAGACCUUGUGAAAGUAAUUCAACAGGAGGCGUAUACAUACAGAGAUCCAAUCACCGAGUUCAUUGAACAUUUGUAUGUUAACUUUGAUUUCGAAGCUGCUCGUAGGAAGUUGAAUCAGUGUCAAGCUGUUCUGCUCACGGACUUCUUUUUGAUCGCCUGCUUAGAGGAGUUUGUUGAGAACGCGCGUUUAAUGAUCUUUGAAACAUUCUGCAGAAUACAUCAAGUUAUCAGUAUUGGAAUGUUGGCAGAGAACCUAAAUAUGCAACCAGAUGAAGCUGAAUGCUGGAUUGUGAAUUUGAUUCGUAACGCGAGACUGGACGCCAAGAUAGAUUCUAAGCUGGGCCAUGUUGUGAUGGGUGCACAACCCCUCUCCCCCUACCAGCAGCUAGUGGAGAGAAUCGAUUCAUUGGCUGUACGAUCAGAAGCACUUACAUCUAUUGUAGAGAGGAAGCAUAAAGCGCGCAAUCAAGAUAUUCGUUGGGGAGCACAAGAAUUCUAGCAUUCGAUUAAAUUAUCAUUGCUGGUGUAAAUUAAUAUCUUUCUAAAUAAAACAUUCUAUACAAUG